UCACCGUAGGGAUUCAAUUGAACCUAUUCCUCAGACCAAAAACCUCGCUUCUCUUCGCUUCCUAGCCACCUUCGUUCUUCGGUGUCUCGCAAAACCUCGAAAUACUGAAAUUGGUGAGGCUGUGACCUCGAAGGAUUAGGGAUUUACUCUGCAACCGAGCUCAUCAUGUACAGAGCGGCAGCUUCACCGCGGAGGUCUCUCAAGGGCCGUGUGAUUAACUUGGGGACUACUAGAUUUGCAACCUCAAGUGCAGUAGCUACAAGGCCCACCUCUGGAGGGUUUUUUAGCUGGCUUACUGGAGAAAGUUCAAAUUCUCUUCCCCCCUUGGAUACGCCACUUGGGGGUGUUGUUCUUCCAGCUCCGCUACCAGAUCAUGUUGAACCAAGCAAGACCAAGAUCACAACUCUCUCCAAUGGUGUUAAAAUAGCAUCAGAGACGUCAUCAAAUCCUGCAGCUUCCAUAGGGUUAUAUAUUGACUCUGGUUCCAUAUAUGAGUCACCAUUUUCAAGUGGAGCAUCACACUUGUUGGAGAGAAUGGCUUUCAAGAGCACAACAAAUCGUAGCCACUUUCGCAUUGUGAGGGAAGUAGAGGCAAUUGGUGGUAAUAUUGGUGCGUCAGCGUCUAGGGAGCAAAUGGGCUACACAUUUGAUGCUCUAAAAAGCUAUGUUCCUCAGAUGGUAGAAUUACUAGUUGAUUGUGUAAGGAACCCAGUCUUUUUAGAGUGGGAGGUCAAAGAAGAGCUGCAAAAGGUCAAAGCAGAGCUUGGAGAACUUUCAAACAAUCCUCAGGGCUUGCUUUUGGAAGCAAUUCACUCGGCUGGUUAUUCUGGUGCAUUGGCUAAUCCUCUUUUGGCUCCCGAAUCAGCACUUGAUGAACUGGGUUGCAGUAUUUUGGAGAAAUUUGUUGCUGAGCAUUACACGGCACCAAGGAUGGUACUUGCAGCAUAUGGGGUUGAUCACGGAGAACUUGUAUCUAUUGCAGAGCCACUUCUCUCUGAUCUACCAAGUGUUUCCCAUCCCGAAGAACCAAAAUCUAUCUAUGUUGGAGGUGAUUUUCGUCGUCAAGGUGAAGCGGGAGGUGCUCAUAUUGCUAUUGCUUUUGAAGUGCCUGGUGGUUGGCAUGAAGAGAAAGAUGCCAUAGUUUUGACUGUUCUACAGAUGCUUAUGGGAGGUGGUGGCUCAUUCUCUGCUGGGGGGCCUGGAAAGGGGAUGCACUCAAGGCUAUAUCUUCGUGUCUUGAAUGAGUAUCAACAGAUUCAAUCCUUCUCUGCAUUCAACAGCAUCUUCAACAAAACUGGAUUGUUUGGCAUUUAUGCAAGCACCAGCUCUGAUUUUGUGUCAAAAGCUGUGGAUAUAGCAGCCAAAGAAUUAAUAGCAAUUGCAUCUCCUGGACAAGUUUCACAGGUACAGCUUGAUCGUGCCAAAGAAUCCACUAAAUCUGCCGUUUUAAUGAAUCUGGAAUCUAGAAUGAUUGCGUCAGAGGACAUUGGAAGGCAGGUUUUGACUUACGGAGAAAGGAAACCUGUGGAGCAUUUCUUGAAGGCCGUAGAUGAAAUCACGUUGAAUGACAUAACCAAGAUUUCCCAGAAGAUUAUUUCAUCACCUUUGACAAUGGCAUCAUUUGGGGAUGUUCUAAAUGUCCCCAGCUAUGAAUCUGUUAACCGCAAGUUUCAUGCAAAAUGAAAAUUGCAUGUCAUCAUCAAACCUGAGACAGCAUAAUUUCUGGGUCACAUGUCCCAGUAAUUUCCAGCCAUAUCAACCAUCUCAGCAAUGCUGAUAAUAAGUCCCAGAGAAGAGAAUUUGUUUUCGUGCUGAUCUGAGGAAUAAUUAACAGACAAUUUUUUUUCCCUUGAGAAAAACUGAUUUACCAUUAUUGGUUCAAAAAGUGAGAAGCUGCAGAUGCAUGAUCUGGUGGUUGCUCUGCUUGUUAGUACUAAGCUUUUGAACUUGGAAGCUCAAGGUAAUAUGCUCUCUUCCACAUACCAUGAAGACCCAAUGUGCAAGUAAAGAUCAAGUGAUUAUUGGUCACUAGAAAUUUUGAAGAUAAUGAAUUCAUUUUUGGCUAUCUUUAGUCUUGGCCAGAGAGAUUUUUUUUAAAGCUUUGCAUUUAGAAUGCUCGAUGUUUUCAUAUAUUCAUAACUCUGCAGGUGCCUGCCUUAUCCUUUCA